GCAAGCGGCUGAGCGGCGACGAGCGAAGGCGAGGACUGCGGGGGUCGACGCGGGGAGCAGACACGGCGGGUCGGCAUCUCCGAUGGAGAGGCAAGCGCUGAGCGCGAUGGUUGGAGGGAAUGGACUCAAGCUCGGCGGCGCAUGCGCCGCUGCGCGGACACUAAUAUACUCGGCGCGCACGAUCUGGAGCCAGAGCAGUAGUAGCAUUUCUGGAUCCUCGUCAUCGUUACCAUCUCGUCGAUGGGCCGUGUACUUAGUCUCCUACGCGCGCGGACACAGUGACACGACGGCACGUGUCAGCAGCUCCUCGUCCUCUGAUUCCCUGCCUUCGAUACCUGGUGGCUUUCGCGGACUGCGCGCCGCGCCGCUGAAAACCGGCGCCGGCGCGCAGCGAUGCGCCGGUGCUGACAUUGGUGCCGAUGAGGACCACUUUUUCGACCGCAGGCCAUCGUGGGGUCGGUUGUCGUCACGAUCUCCGAGGGGCUGUCGCCGGGAUCGGCGAUCGGGUGGUGGUGGGUGGAUUAGAUGCCACGUGUCGUCCUCUGGGCAUUCCGCCGGCGAUGGCGCCACUAAUGGCGCCUCCUCCUCGUCAAGCAGCUCUCAGGAGACAAACUACGAUUACGAUGUCCUGACAAUUGGAGCUGGGAGUGGGGGUGUCCGAGCCUCCCGCUUCGUUGCUGGCUUUGGCGCCAAGGUGGCUGUCUGCGAGCUGCCGUUCGCUCUCACAUCAAGCGAUAGCAAGGGCGGCGUCGGAGGCACGUGCGUAAUUAGAGGAUGCGUCCCGAAGAAGCUGCUUGUGUACGGAUCCCAGUUUGCUCACGAGUUCUUAGCGAGCAAAGGCUUUGGGUGGUCUUUCGACAAGGAGCCAAGUCACGAUUGGGUGACGUUAAUCGAUAACAAGAACAAGGAGAUCCAGAGAUUGACUGGGGUGUACAGGAAGUUACUGGAUGGAUCGAAAGUUGAUCUUCUUGAGGGCCGCGCAAAGCUUGUUGGUCCCCACACUGUGGAGGUGGGUUCGAAGCGGUACACAGCAAAGAACAUUCUGCUUGCAGUCGGCGGCCGUCCUUUUGUCCCUGAUAUUCCUGGGAAGGAGUAUGGGAUCACAAGUGAUGAGGCGCUCGAGCUCCCGGAGAGGCCCCAGAGCAUCUGCAUCAUUGGGGGAGGUUACAUUGCCCUCGAGUUCGCAAGCAUAUUUAAUGCGUUGGGUACCGAAACGCAUGUCCUCAUUCGACAGCCAAAAGUCCUCCGUGGAUUUGAUGAAGAGAUUCGAGACUUCCUUGGUGAGCAACUUCAGACAAGGGGAAUCAAGAUUCAUAACCGAGCAUCGCCUGUGUCUGUGGAAAAGGAUGCUGAUACAGGAAAGCUAGUUUUGACGACUGAUAAGGGGGAGAAGAUCACCACUGAGGUUGUCAUGUUUGCGACUGGGAGAAAGCCAAGAACUGAGAGGCUGGGGGCUGAGGAAGUCGGAGUCGAGCUGGACAGCUCAGGAGCAAUCAAGUGUUUAUACGUCAUUAGAUUGUAGGCGAACUCCUCCCAGUAGGUCAAAAAGCAUCAUGUUGGAUACAGCGGGAAAAAUAUUAACGCUGUUUUGUCAUGGCAGCCAUAUCGAACCUCUUUUGUCAUGGCAGGCAGGCUAAUCCUCUUUUGUCAUGGCAGCCAUAGCCAAGAUGCUAUUUAUUCUUCUCCGAGCUAAAAUCGAGUGAUCACUGUCUGCUGUUGUUGCUUCUGAUAUGGGGGACUUUGCAUAAGCUAAUGCAAUUUUCAC